AUGUCGGACACAACUUCAAGAUCCUCUGUUCCUCUGAGGAUGAACUCCCCUGAGAGUUAUGAGUCUGCCGCUUUGGAGAUCGAACUGGAGAAGCAGAUGGUGAAAGCUCUCAAGAGGCUAUCCAUGGGAAAUCUUAUCGAGCAUGAUCCAGACUUUCCCAUGGAGGAUCCCGAGGUUCUCCUCAUGAACGAAAAAGAGAGAACUGACGACUCCACUGCAUCACUUGACACACUCUCGCUUUCCAAAUCCGCAUCGCCUCCCUCAUCAGGCUCUCAUACUCCUCCUUUAGAAGCGAAAGACCCAUCGGCGUCUGCGAACGAUCCCUCCUCAGAUCACACGUCGCAUUAUGUCACUCCUGACGAUUCUUUCGACUCAGAGACUUCCGUAAAUCACGAAAAUGUUCUUUGGGUACCAGCCAAUUUGCAUCCGGAGGUCAAUCCACAACAAUUUAAACAGCAUGUCAAAGUCACUAUUGAUGAGCUUCUAGAAAGAAAAUUAUCGAGAUCGCAGUCAAAUCGAUCAAAGCGCUCAUCUUUGUCUUUGACAACGAAUGAUGACGUUCACAAAGAUUCAGAUUUCGAUAGCACGGAGUCUGACACUCUGUCCCAUCAAAUUGAACAAAACAACAGGUAUAGUAACCCUUCACUUUUGGAGUUAAGUACCGAACUAGAGACUCUAUCGCGUUUAGCAGGAAUGGACUCUGACGAUGCUGUUACGCUAGCUCGCUCCUUGUCCACGCAUUCACUCGGGUAUACCGAAGUAGAGAAAGCAGCAAUUGAUGAGUUAGGAGCUCCUCAUACCAAUGUUGGUGCCAAUCAAGCGGAGAUCUUGGAUCUUGGAAUGGACAAGUCCGUCCAUAGGACAUUUUCUGGACAGCCUGUAAAAUCACGGCCAACUCAAGGUCCUCCACACCGAACAGACUUGCAGAAAGCACAGCAUCGCCAUCCGGACGGCCGCUCACAUUCUACCCAGCAAUUGCUGCAAGUGCAGAAGGCUCCAAAAGUGCAUCUGAAUGAAAGUGAGGGACAUUUUGCAUUGAAGAGAAGUAGAAGGUUGCAUCAUAGGAAACCUCACACCUCAACACCUACUCAUUUAGGUUCCCAAUUACAGAGUAAGAAGGCAGGAAGCUUGGCUGAAUUGAGGCACAAUCUCAAUUCAACGUCCAUGCCUUUGUCAUAUCAUGGAGAGUCCGAGGCACGCAUGAAGAGCUCCAUCAGUCGUCAAAGCAUGCAGAGUAUAAACCCGAGAAGCUCUCAAAUUCUCUUCAGUUAUAAGGGCCCGCCAAGACUGCAAACCUACAAUAAAGUUCCAGCUUCAGCUCCUCCGAACUCAGCUCCACCAUCACCCGUUCUACAUCCAAGAAGCCCAAAAAGCCCAGUAGUAGGGCAAAUGAACAAAGACACUGCAAUGGUAAAUCCAAUGAACUCUGCGGAAUUACGACAAAAGUCUCGUGAACAAAGACAAUUAACUGGUAAUCAGUAUAUUCAGCACCGUCACAAACCUACCAGUCUUUCAUCACGCUCUCUGCGUGAAAAUCUCCAGCAAGCUCAGAACAUGGCUCCACAAUCAGGGUUUGCCUCCAUGCCUGGUCCAUACCGCCCCACGCAACGUAAACCCUCGCCAACUUCACAACAGGGAUUUGAUGGCCAACACAAAUCGGAAAGGCGUAACAUAUCUCCUCAACAAGUACCGAAUUCUCAGUAUAUGCAUCAUGGUGCUACAUCGAUGGACUAUAGACAAAAAUCCCUUCAACAGAACCAAGCGUACGCGACGAUGCAAUUCCGAAAGCAAAGAAGUAUACUGUCAAAAACUUUGGGGCGCUCUAGACCAAUUUUACAGGAGGCAAAUCGUGAUGAAAAUGGAUAUCCAAAUGAGCCAUUUCACUCUCAUAAGGCAGGUAGAGAUGUCAAGAUUGAUAAAACGUCUCAAUUAAAUGAAAAUCUUGAUAUGCUUAGAAAUGAGAUAAAUGAAUUCAAAGAGAGUUUAUCUCAUCCUGAUGCAAAGACAAAGCCCAAAACUCUGCCUCUUGAGCCCGAGGCCGAGAGUUCUGAGGAGGUAUCGCCAACUCAAUCAGGCGCCGUGCCUGAUUUCAGCUUUGACACUUCACUCGACUUAAGCUACGAGGACACCUUGGGAAUCGAGAAGGAAAUUCUUGAUGAUCUCAAAGACGAGGGUUUUACAAGUACUCCUCAUACGAGCCCAGUUAAACGCUCUCACAAAGCGGGUGGUACCCAGAAGCAAGUAGAUGUUGAAACGACUAAGUUAACUUCUGAUUUGGCAGCUCUGCGAGUUGACGAUGAUAAGAGGAGGCUCGAGACAAGACUUCCCGAACAAAUAAAAGCACCGUAUGUCUCCGAGAAGCAAGGGGACUUAGAGAGGGAGCAGCGUUUAGGGUCAGACACAGAUGAAGUAGUGGUCGAGGACUCUUUCCCAAUACAAGACGAGCGCAAAACACCUUCUCAACUCGUUUGCGAUAAAAUUGAUGUCAUGCCCGAGAAAAAGGAGAGUAUUCAUCAAGGUGGAAGCGGGAGAGAUGAUGAUAUGUCUCCUACUGAAACUGCCGCAAUACCAGUUCCGUUGGAGGCCACUUCUACCGGUGAUUCAAAGCAAUUGAGAAAUAAAAAAUCAUUCGGCUCCCUUUCUAUUGGCGAUAAAAAGAAAAAUAAGAAGGGAUGGCUUUGGUCCAAGGGUCGCUCAGUGAGCGCUCAACAUGUACCACAAGACGGAGCCUCCCAAAAACCGUCGAGAUCGGUUUCAUCUCCCGACAUUCAAACAAACAAAAGGGAUCAUAAGGAAAUUCAAAAAGAGCCUAAAGAGAACGUCAUCUCCAAAUUGUUCAAGAAGAAGAGAAGCAACUCUGUUGGGAGUACUCAUCUGUUUGCGCUGAAAAAUGAGGCAGGCACCAGCGAAGAGAGAGAGUCAAAAAGUAUAAAGAGAUUUAGCUCUGCUAUUUUUAAGACGUCUAAGGAUGAUGAUGCAAAGAGCAUAUCUUCUAGGGAAGAGCAAGAGGCUGUCAAUGAAGAAAAACAGGAGCGGCACAAGGAAGGACCUGAAGAACAGUCCACGAAAGAAAAGAUCAAGAAUAAGUUUAGAAGCAGGGACAAGCAUUCUGAUGAAAGGCCAGCUGAGAAGACUGCAAUUGAAACUGUUGAAGUUGAGGAAACCAUUGAGGAAGUUUCAGAAGAUGCUGAAGAGGAAGAAAGUAAACCUCAAACGACACUUGAAGUCCAAGAAAAAAUCAAGAAGCUGAUCAAGAGAACUUCUAAAGCGAACCCACCGCUAGAGUAUACUGAUUCGGCCUUUGGUUUCCCACUUCCACCUCCGUCAGUCUCUACGUUGAUCAUGUUGGACUACAGGUUCCCUGUUCAUGUUGAAAGAGCAAUUUAUAGACUCUCACAUCUAAAGCUCGCGAAUCGAAAGCGCUCGCUUCGUGAGCAGGUGUUGUUGUCCAAUUUCAUGUAUGCAUACUUGAAUUUGGUUGAUCAUACGUUGCAUUUGGAACAACGAAUGAGCGCGGAAGAAUCGGACAUGAUGGAAGAGCCGGAAGCUGACAUGGGACUUUUCAAUGACGACGACAAAGACACGGAUUUCGAAUCUGAAGAUGAUGCCUUAGAGGACAAUGCCUUCGAUGUCAGACUCGAUCUAGGUGGUGAACAAUACAACGAGAUCACUGUUUAA